GACUCUUGCCUUUCAAACUAUGCUAGCGACAGUAUUAAUUGCUCAUUUUUUGAUACUUCUCAACAAUAAUACACUCCGUCUUGCACCUUAUGGCGUGCCUUGAGUUUUUUCCGAGAGUUGAAGCCCUGAGGCUUGGAGCAAUGACUAGGUCUCCUGGAAAUUAUGCAUAUGGAAGUGAUGGCGAAUGUCCUGGUGCGUGAGUCAUGAGGCGACGGCAUUGCAAAACUACCAUUCAUUGAUGAAACCCGGCUCCUUGCAGAAGUUGCAAAAGUUGAGAAUACAUUGACGGAUGAAGAAGCACGAAGAAACAGUGUGAUGUUUGAUAUGAUAUUCAUAUCGUUAUCUCAUCCCCUAUCUCCAUACAUUUUUUCUCUUGACAAUCGCUGCAAACAGUUAACAGACCAGGAAAAGGUGGAAGCAAAGGAGAUAAUUGACCCAGGAGCAAGUGGUGGGAUGAACGGUUUUUUAUCCCUUUGUUCGGGAGAUCCUUGCCCUACAAUUUUCAGAUCACCUCUUCAAGGCAUGGAAGAUAUUAUGGAUAACCAAGUCAUAUGUGCAAUAUACAGACUUCCAGAUUCUCAUGAACACAUUACUCGACCUCCAAGUGGGGUUGUUAUCCCCAAAAAGACUGUGGGAUUUGGUGACAUGAAACCGGAUCCUGUACUUUGGCACGAGGAUUCAGGAAGAAAACAUUAUGAUAAUGGAAGACACAAUAUCCCGGGAGCUAUACGUGAUCGACAACUUGGAGAUGCUGCACAUCGGCUUGUAUCUAAUAGUUUACAGACAAAAGGUGGCAGGGGUAGGGGUGAGUAUGGUGAUCAUAGAUAUGCACUACCACCACCUACAUCCUACCCGGGUGUAUAUGGCCCACCUCGGCAAUCCUCCUACCAAUCAAACAGAUAUAAUAAUGGUCAUGAACACACCCGCGCUGGACCUAGUUCCAGCUAUUCUAAUUCAACACCUUUGGAAGACCCAUACUAUCCUCCUCAUCAUUUGGCAGGGCCCCACAGGGGGUUUGUUCCUCAUCAUGAGAGGGAUUAUCAUCAUAGACGUGGAGGAGGGUAUAAUCCGCCAGGUGGCAUUGACCCUUACCGUUCACAUGCCACACAUGUGAACCCAACUCCCCUCCAUCAUCCACCUCAUAUAGCACCACCACCAGCUCAUCGAAGUGGAUACCACAACAAUGCAAACUAUCAACCUUACGAUCAGUGGGUAGGCGGUGGGGUCAGCCCCCACCAGAGCAACCCAAGGGGUAGAGGAGGAUAUAAUAAACACCCACGCCAUUCCAGUAAUCAGUUUGCACCUUUAAGUAGGGGUUCAAAUAAACGACCUCCACCUGACUACUGACACUAGAUGACUUUGAUACUAUUUUUUUAGCUUUGGGAAUCUCAAUUAACAUUGUAGUUUGUAGUUGAGUAUUAUAACCAAACCCGUGCGGGGUCCCAUUUGUGACCAGUGGGACCCACAUAAGUUUAUUUCUAUGUUUGGUCAUCUGAGCACAUCAAAGUGUGUCGCAUUGGCUCAUUAGAAGAACUUGGCGUUAUACUUGCUCUGCCCAAACCUAUACGAGCCCCAUCGCCAAAGAGAUAUAGAGCAAACCAAAGCCGAAGUGAUCAUUAUCGCGUUGCUUCUUGCUAUAACAAGGUAUUAUCUAUACCUUCUGCUUGCCUUUGGAAUUGUGAAUUGUACCAUAGUGUGUUGCCAAAUUUCAUUCUUUGUCAAACAUCAUUUACAGUUUUCCCCCUCACACCACCCCAGAAAAUAGUGUAUUUUCAAUUAGUUGUAAGUUGGGUUAUAUGUUUGAGAAAUGAUAUUUGCAGUUUUGGAUAGCAAUUAGGUGUAUCCUUUUGCAUGCUGUUAGCAUUUGAUAAUUCCACCUAAUUCAUUUGGAGGAAAGAUAAAACAAUUUGAACCAU